AGCAGCAGAGAGGUGUAUACUUCUAGUUUCGGUUUCCUUUUUCUGUAGAGAAAAUUUGCCGACAGACAGCAAUUAAAAACGGGUUGUUUUAGACGUUUGGAUGCAAUUCUGAUCGGAAAAUCUAUUCAGAUAAGCCGAUAUAUAUUUGUUACGAGAUAUACAAUUUUAAGGAUUAUACUCCGGCGGCGUAUAAACAAAGAGGAAAUGGCGGAGGCUGGUGCCGAAGUUACCGACGAUAACAACUGCUCAGUGAUAUGUAUCUCCGAAAGUCCACUUUCAGAGAGCCUGUUCCCAAAAAUUAAAUUAUAUAUGCAAAAUAAGAAAAGAUCAAAGGGCGGUAAAGUUGUGGCUUUAAAGACAGUUAGAAAUGGAAUAUUGAUAGAAUUUGAGUCAUCUGAAGCUGCAAAGGGUGUUGUCGAGAAAGGUAGUCACAAAAUAGAUACCCAUACAUUACAAGCUAGAAUGUAUAAGCCUCAGCCCCACUAUAAAACUAAGCUGUUGGUUCGUGAUAUACCAGAUGAAGUAGAUAAGUUUACUCUGGAGAACUACAUGGAGAUAAUAACAGAUAAUGGUGUGGAUAAUAUCCAGUACGGAGAGGACCCCAGUACAGCAGUGGUAACCUUUGAGGGAGAUAUAGAUUUCACGAUAGUUGAAGAACAGUUAUCAGACAACCCAAUCUCCGACAACGAAAUUCUAAUCGUAGAACGCAUAGAACUGUCAAACGUAAUAAAAAUAAAAGAUGUUAAGUCUGAUACAAAGGAUGAAAGCUUGAAAAUAUAUUUUCAAAAUAAAAGAAGAAGCGGAGGUGGACGUGUUGUUAAAAUAGAAAAUGUUGAAAACGCGAGAUUAAUCCAUUUUGAAGAUUUCGAAGUCGCUGAAAAUGUUUGUAAGAAACCUCACACGAUUAACCAUCAAGACCUUGAAGCGGAAGUUUAUUAUGAGUGCCUUGGUGUCGAUGGUGGAUCAACAGAACCGAUUGUCUGUGUCAUUCCUGACCCCAUAGACAUUACAGCUGAUGUAAUAUCUGGAGCCAGGGUCAUGCGCCUGUUACUAGAGCGUUCUACUGUUCUGGAUAGUUUGAACGAUCGACUUUCUGACCAUUUAGCAGCUAUUGGUAAAGAUGAGGAUAAGUUGAAGAUAUCGUGCACAACCACUGAAAAAACAAAAGAAAUGGGGAGACGAUUAAAAUCCUGGAAACAUGAUGUUAUGGCAACCCUUAAACAAUUUAUCGAUGAUAUGAUAGAGGAUAAAAUUAUCCCGUUAACGUUAGAUCUAAACCAAAGUGUUGCAGAAUGGAUUAGGAAUAACCUGAAGCAGCCACUUCACGUAAUCCACAAACUGGAUGCAGACAACAUAGCCAUUACAGGAAUAAAAGAUGCCGUCCAGCCCCUGGUACAAGAUCUGCAAAAAUUCAUUGAUGAAGAAAGUAAGAAGAUUGACCGUAUCAAGAAUUUAAAGGAUAAGGAAAUCAAAUUUACUACUGCCGAAAUGAAGUACCUUAAACGGACUGGGAACUUUGAAUUAUUUGCUGAAAAGUUUCCGGAGAUGAUAAUGACCAUAGAUAAGGAUAGACUCUGUGUUAACGGUACAGAUGAAGAAAUCAGCGCUGCUGAAACAAUGAUGAACCAUGUUGUGUCAGCACUUAAAAAGUAUACAACUGCUUUAACUCCUGACCAGAUAAAGAUUCUCGGAGAACCUUGUAAUGAAGAGGACAUAUACAGAACAUUAGAAGAGAAGCUUGGAAUGACAAAGGGUAUCUGGUUAUGGGGAAAUGGUGUCAUGAAUAUGUAUACGUCAUCAUUUGGAGAUUAUAAAGAGACGGAAAACACACUAGGCGAACUAAUACCAAUAGAAACUGUCACGGUUGAUGAUGAUAAGAAGUUAUAUGUAAAAUCUCAGAUUUGUAAUGAUAAAUUAGAAGAAAUAGUCAAAGACAAUUUGACUGAAGUUGUAAUUGAUGUUUCUGACGAUGUUAGUACUAUUACCAUUACUGCCCUAGCACCCAUCAUCCAAAUUGUAGUUAAAAAGGUAAAAGAUGUCAUCAGUGGUGCAAAGUUGAUAACAGAAUCGGUACGUUUUCCGAAAGAGAACACAGAACGUUAUUUUAAAGAGAACGAAAAGGAAGAACUCCAAAAUAUCGAAAGUAAAUUUAAUGUGAUGUUUAAAUGGGAAGAUAAUAAGCUUAUGGUUUCUGCAGUGGAACAAGAAGAUAUUAACCGAACACAGGACUAUAUCGCAGACGCUGCUGAACGCCACAAAGAAUUAACUUUGUAUUUCAAGGGACCAGGGGUAGAAAGUAUUUUGCAUACAGCCUAUGAGAAUGGAGCGAUGUAUUAUCCUGGAACAAUUUUGGAAUAUAAGGGGUUAGAUACUGCGGAAACUGUUGGUUUUGCAGUUGAAUCAGAGUUCGUCAUUAAUGGUUCCUCAACUACUGUAAAGAUUGGACAUGGUAGUGCACAAUAUCUCCAUUCUGAUGUGGUUCUAGUUCCAGUGAAAAUUGAUAUGAAACCUAUUGGAAAAGUUGGAAAGAUCGGCUUUGAUGCAGGUCCUGGAAUUACCCAAACAUCAACCGGAAUGAGGAAAAUACCCGGUGAAGUAAUCAAAACCCGGCCUGGAAGAUUCUACUCGCAUGAAUUGAUAUAUGGUAUAUAUCCUGGAGUAAAUACAGAUGAUAAAGAAAUCUGUAUGAGUACAAUCAUCACCAAUGUUUUAACACAUGCUGAUAAACAGGGAUAUACAUCUGUAGCCAUACCUUGUGUAAAUUUGAAUCCGGUUUCGCUACAAAAAACAAUCAGGGAGAAUUCAUACAGUGCAGUUGAACAAUAUUUAGCAGAUAAUCCGACAUCAUACAUCCAGACUGUUUGGUUUUAUGCGGAUGAAUCUGAAGACGCAAAGGGCUUUACAGCAUUUGCAAUGAGUACAAAUGAUAAGAACACCCGAAAAGUGAAAAGACGAUUCAGGAAGAAGGGAAGGGAAGCCGAGGAUACGCAAGAACCAGCAGCACGGAUAACUCGUAUGUUUUUAGUAGUUUCUGACAUAAUUUCAGAAGAGGCCGGGGCACUGGUCAAUUCGUCAAAUGGUGAGCUUAAUUUAUACUAUGGUGCGAUAUCAAGAGCUUUAUUAGAACGGUGUGGUAACCAAUUACAAAUCGACUGCAGAGAGCAUUAUAAGAAUGGGUUAAAGCAGGGUGAUAUAGCUGUAACAAAUGCUUAUAAUUUGAUACAAACCAAAAAGAUUUAUCAUGUAAAUUUACCUAGAUACAAUGAAGAUGAAGAACUACAAGUUUUGGAAGGAUCCAUUGAAAAAUGUUUACAUCAAGCAGUUAAAGAUAAACUAAAAAACAUUGCUUUUCCGGCUAUCGGGUCAGGAAUUCUUGGCUAUCCUCACGAUAAAGUUGCUGCUAAACUGUUUGAAACUGUUCACAAGUUUGGAGAAGAAAACCCAGACACAACUCUCACCGAUGUUAUUUUUGUCAUGUACCAUAAAGAUGAAAAAGUUAUCAAGGCUUUUCAAGACAAAGAAAAGAUCUACAAGCAACAGUAUGGUGCAAAAGUGUAUAAUGAAGAUGAGUAUCUAAAGAGUUUGCUGGCGGGCGACGAUGAGCCAAAUUCAAGAGUAAAGAUUGGAGAUAAAUUACCACUAGCAAUUUAUAGCAAGUCAUCAGCACUACUUAUAAAUAUUUAUGCUAAUGACUCCGAAGCUUUGACGAAGGUCGACUCAAAGUGUUCAUCUAUAAUUAACCGUGAUAUAAAUACCAGAGAAAUAACUGCUAAUGCGUAUUUUAAAGAUUUAGAUGAUGACCAGUUAGCUGAGCUUAUGAAAGGGAUCUUUGAAAAGAAGCUUGAAAUAGAGUCAGUUAUUGAUAGGAAUACUGGAAGUUGGAAAACAAGAGGAACCGCUAAUGAUACACUUGUCAUCAAAGACAUUUUCAGUGAAACUAAAUCAAAACAAGAAGACGAAAAGGCGAAAGCCAGAAAUCUGCAGUUAACCCGUCAGUGGCAUUUUACGGAAAGGGAUACAUCGGGGGAGACAUUGGUACCGUAUGAUUAUUUGCGUAAUUACAAGAUAGAAAUGGCCUACGUUGAUGAUAAGAAGGCUGUUAAAAUCAAAGAUGAUGAUGGCGAAGAAUAUGUCAUUGAUUUUGUGUCAAUGACGGAAAAGCGUAUUCUUCCAGAUAAGACACUAGAUUCUGCUGGUACAUUGGUUGUUCGGAAAACACCGGUACAAGAGGCCUCUGGUAAGCCCCCUGAAGAAUGGGGUGAUAUGAAAGGACGUAAUUUAAGAGUCGACAACCUUAAAGAAGACACCACUGAAUACUUACAGGUCAAGAAAAAAUUGUUUGACAGUAUGUCAUCUUCGACUUUGACCAUUGAAAAGAUUGAAUCUAUAAAGAAUGUAUCUCUAUAUCGGCAGUACACGGCAUUGAAAAAACAAAUACAGGCCGAAAAUCCAGGUAUUCUAGUGGAAAAACAAUUGUUUCAUGGUACAAAUCGUGAUGCAGCCAAGAGUAUAAAUCGCAAUGGUUUCAACAGAAGUUAUUGUUCUGAGAAAGAAAAUGCAUUGGGUAUUGGUGUAUAUUUUGCUACAGAGAGUGCUUAUUCAACCCGGGAUGAUUAUUCCCAAAGAGAUAUUAAUAAUGGGUUGAAAUAUAUUUUUCUGUGUGAUGUAGUGGUUGGAAAAUCUACUGUUGGCAAGAAAGGAAUGCGUGUGCCACCAAAUAUAGAGGGCAAGACCACGCCGUACGAUUCGGCAGUCGAAAGAAUAAAGGACCCGAGAACUUUUGUUAUAUUCAAAGAUAAUCAGGCCUACCCUAAAUAUCUUAUAUCUCUGAAAUAGGUCUAAUACGAUUUGCAUUGACAUGAAGCUAUAAAAACUCUGUAAUUUUAUAAAGCUUGGUAAAUAAUGGAUGUAUUGAAUGUUUAACAAGUUUUCAAUUUGCUACAAUAUUUUCACAUUCCUACCUGUCUGGCUUUUAUAUGAAGAGCCUAAUCCAGGUUAAACGUCAUCAGCUAUACAGUUACCAAUUAUUUGCGCUUUGUUUUAGGAAUCGCGGAGUUCAUACAAUUUGUAAUUUUUAACGUUAUAGGUUACGCGUCGUACAAAUUUUAAUAUUAUAAUGGUUUUCAAGGAGUUUAAAGGCGAUUCUUAAAAAAACCAUCCAUAAUUAGGUUAGUGAUUCGAUUUUCGAUAAUUGGGUGAAUCUGGAGUUAUUUUAAAUAUGUUAUUCAGAAUUGAUUAAACUAUAUUAUGGGUGAGAGUGAUAAUUCUUCUUUAACAAUUGUCUACAUGAAAUAAUUUUGGAAGCCUAUAACAAAAUUCAGAUUCUUGUUGUAAUGAAUUGGUAUGAAAAGAAUCGUCUUAUAACAGAAUCAAAAUUCUAAAUAAUAUCUCGUUUAUUUACGCCCCCUAAAAAAUGUGGUGUCUCUGUUAAUCUCAAUGUCGAUUAAUUCGUAUUUUCACCAUUGCUUGUGUACUC